GGAUGGCUGACGUGGUGCAACCAAGUUUCGCGCCUACUCCUCCAGGAACAAAGCGUGGCGUUCUUCCACGACUGCGCCUUCGGAGGUCGUAAUCGCACCGAAUUCGACUUGCUCGUCGAGACGUUCACAUCAGCAUUAACAACACGUACACUCAUCGUCUGCUUACCCCCAUGUCGCCAAUCGCCCUUCACUUUUCCUGCCCAGUGUAACAAUGCCUCGGGUACCUUUUGAUCUCGAUUUGUUCGGAAAAUCCUGCUGAUCUGCAGCAUCUGUGCUGUUGUUCACUCGCUUUGCAGGCAUGACCGCCUCAUCAGUCGCUGUCGUGCAGAGGCCUGUUUCCAAAUCUGGACAUGGCCCUACGCUGUCGCCCCCAACGGGCACUCCCUCCAUAGGCAAGAAAGCCACAAUUUACAAGCAUGUGAGCCAGUCGAGCAUGGAGUGGCUGCUGGAGAGACUCAAAGGUGUCCUGGUCGUUGUCAGCUUUCUGACAUGCGCUGCAUGUCUUCAUAUUCAACAAUUUUUCGGUCUACCAUUGUACUGGUCGAGUCGGCUCUAUCGCUCCUGGCAAGACGCUGUCAAGUCGUCUACAGCCGUACUUCUGAUCGGACUGAACCAGUGGCGUGCACCAACCACGGCCGAAAUCAGUUGGGAUGAAAGUGUGAAAGGACAGAUCAAGUGGACAUCCAACGGGAAGAUUGAGUUCAAUGCGCCGGAUCGAAUGGUCUUGAUCGCGAAUCAUCAGAUUUACACUGAUUGGAUAUACCUCUGGUGGUCCGCAUACACAGCCCGACACCAUGGACACUUGAUUGUCAUCUUGAAAGAUGCGUUGAAGAAGAUUCCGAUUGUCGGCCCUGGCCUGGUGUUCUUCAACUGGAUUUUCCUCUCCCGUAAAUGGGAAACAGACGAGGUUGAAAUGCAGCGUAGCCUUGGCCGACUUGCUCAAGAUCGCGUACCUAUGUGGCUAUUACUCUUUCCUGAGGGCACGAAUCUUACAGCUCGAUCGCGCAGCAUGAGCAAGAAAUGGGCCGACAAGGUUGGGACCAAGGACUUUGAUCUUAGCUUGAUCCCAAGAAGUCGUGGUCUACAAUUCUGCCUGCGUGAACUGGCUAGCACCGUGGACUGGUUGUACGACUGCACUAUCGCAUAUGAUGGCAUUCCGCCAGGAGUGGACAGUCAAGAUGUGUGGAACCUUCCUAAUCUGUACUUCGAAGGUCGCAAGCCGCCGACUGCCCAUAUGCACUGGCGACGCUUCGCUGUCUCCACAAUCCCCUUUGAAGACGCCGAGGCUUUUGACAAGUGGCUAUACGAGCGGUGGGCAGAGAAAGAGCAACUCCUGCAGCAACAUCAGCGCACCGGCAAAUUCCCUUCUUCUGGCGCUCCCAUGCUAGCCAAGAUCGAGCUUUGGCACUUUGUCGAAAUGCUCCAACUCUGUGUGAGCUUCUUUGCAGCGCUUGCGCUAUGGUUGAUCGUAAGGACAGUGAUUAGAACCCUGCCUUCAUAAAUCGAUAGACACAACCUAAGACUAGACAGUCGUGGGACUACUUCGGAGCUGUCCACUUCGAGGCUUCUCACCAGUAUGCCACUGGAGCUGAACCUUUAGCCAAUCCUGACAACGCGGAAACUGCUGCAAGAGC